GAAUCUGAGCUCAGCGAGUGGGCGAGUGUACACGACAUAAUUAACGAUGAACGGCAUUUCAAUGUUCAGGCCUAUCUUCCUUGCCGCGCGACAGCUGAAGCACCCGGCGAUCGUGAAACGUGGAUUGGCCGCAGCGGCAUAUGAGAACAUCCUUGUUGAGAAGAAAGGUGCCCAGCAGAAUGUUGCCUUGGUUACGCUCAACCGGCCCAAGGCCCUCAAUGCCCUGUCAAGCGCCCUCAUGUCGGAGGUUGGCCAGGCGAUUGAUGCGCUCAACAAGGAUGAAUCUGUGGGCUGCAUUGUGAUCACUGGCAGUGAGAAGGCUUUCGCUGCUGGUGCAGACAUCAAGGAGAUGCAGAACAUGACGUUUGCCAAGUGCUUCACGGGCAACUUCCUGAGCCACUGGGACAAAGUGGCGCAGUCCAUCAAGCCUGUGAUUGCAGCUGUGAACGGCUACGCGCUAGGCGGUGGCUGUGAGCUAGCCAUGAUGUGCGAUAUCAUCUACGCAGGUGAGAACGCCAAGUUUGGACAACCUGAAAUCAUUCUCGGAACCCUCCCAGGUGCGGGUGGUACCCAGCGACUGACCAGGGCAAUCGGCAAGUCGCGCGCCAUGGAAAUGACACUCACCGGUAAUCAGAUCACAGCUGCUGAAGCUGAGAAAUACGGUCUGGUGAGCAAGGUGUUCCCAACCAGUCAGCUAGUGGAGGAGGCCAUCAAGCUGGCCGAGAAGAUCGCAAGCUACUCCCAAGUGUCUGUUGCGCUGUGCAAGGAGAGCGUCAACCACGCCUUUGAGACAACGCUCCAGGAGGGACUUCGCGUUGAAAAGCGUCUUUUCCAUGCAUCCUUUGCUCUGGACGACCGGAAAGAAGGCAUGACUGCUUUUGUUGAGAAGCGGCCACCGAAGUACACGAACAGCUAGAUGUCUGACAAGCAGCUGUGAAAGUGCGUUCUCCCGAAAGUUUUGCGCAUUUUUUUGAAUUUAUGCAACUGAAUAAAUCUGUAUAUUUUGUUUAUAA